GUGAGAGUUUCAGUUUCUAAAUUAUCAUCUUCUCCUCUUCUUCCGCUUCUUGGUAACCUGCGCACCUGUGAGUCUGUGACUGAUUAUCCUGCGCACACCUGCCAUGUCUCAGACCUUCACAAAUCCAAUCGUCUUGGUAAGAAUCUCACGCUAUAGAGAUACCUUUUUGAAGGGAAAAGAAAUCACAGAAGGAACAAUUUCUCAAGCGAUAACCAGCAAUGGAAGUUCAGAAAAGCCAGGCAAAACUUACAAGAACUCAAUCUUCUCUUAUUCGAUCUCCUUCAACUAUUCGAUCUUCAAUCCAUAAUCUCUCUUUUAUACGUGACGAAGAAGCUGCUGAAGAAGAAGAGAAACCCCACAAAUCGAUCUCAGGAGUUUCAAAUCGUUUUAUGAAUCGUUCGAAUCGUCUCAUCCCUGUUCUGGGCACGGUUUUGUUGAGCUUCUCUUUUUUCUUCUUCUAUUUUUAUCUCAGAAGAGAAGAGAUACUCAAUUCGGAAAACUUGUUAUUUGCUCUUGUUUUCAUCGCCGUUGCGCUUUAUUUUGGUGGGAAGAAUAAGGGUUUCGUUAUCAAGACCGCAUUGUUUCUAAAACAAUUCUGGGAUGUGAAGAACAAGAAGUUAGAAAUUUCAAAGAGAAGACAUGAAUCUGUUGAAUGGUUUAUAGGCAACGGAGGCUCUUCUUCUUUCAAGAAAGAGAAGAUUGUAAGAGAAGGAUUGGAGUUUUACAGUAAUGGGGAUUUCUAUGAAGGUGAAUUUCACAAAGGGAGGUGUAAUGGGAGUGGUGUUUAUUACUAUGUUUUGAAUGGGAAGUAUGAGGGAGAUUGGAUUGAUGGAAGAUAUGAAGGAUACGGCAUUGAGAACUGGGCGAGGGGAAGUAAGUACAGAGGGCAGUAUAGGCAAGGUUUGAGACAUGGGUAUGGGGUUUACAGGUUUUACACAGGGGAUAGCUAUGCUGGGGAAUGGUUUAAUGGGCAGAGCCAUGGUAUGGGAGUUCAGACCUGCUCUGAUGGGAGCUGUUACGUUGGUGAAUUCAAGUGUGGUGUCAAGCAUGGCCUUGGUUGCUACCACUUCAGGAAUGGAGAUACAUAUGGUGGAGAGUAUUUUGGAGACAAGAUCCAUGGCUUUGGGGUCUAUCAUUUCGCCAAUGGCCACUGUUAUGAAGGUUCAUGGCAUGAAGGUCAGAAGCAUGGUUUUGGUAUGUACACCUUCCGAAAUGGCGAUGCCAGAUGUGGAGAGUUGGACGCCGGUGUCCUCAAAACCUCUCUGCCCCCAUUAACUGAUGCAGUCCUCCGUGCAGUUCAGUCAGCUCGAAAAGAAGCAGAGAAUGCAAGUCGUCUUCCCCCAGUUGAUGACCUAGUGAAAAAGGCUGUCAUUACUGCAAACAGAGCUGCCACUGCUGCUAGAGUUGCAGCCAUCAAAGCUGUUCAGAACAGAAUAGAUGGGAAAUUUUGUGACAUGGAUAUUUAAGAUGCAAGUCUCCCCUUACACUGUAAAUUUCCUGAGUUAAUGUAUUGGAGCAUCCUGGGUUGGCAGAAGCUAUCCCUGAGAGAGAAGAGAGAGAGAGAAAAGAGGAGGGGGGGGUUUAGUGGUAGAUGUUGAUCUAGUUGAUCUUUACUGUAACAUGUACAGAAAUCCAUUUGUAUAUCAAUGAAAUGAAUUCUUAAGAGCUGUUCCAGUC